AUGAUCGCUACCGCCGCCAGUGGAGCCUUCAACGGCGCAGGUGCAGAUCAGGUGCGUGAGUGGGUGGACUUCGUCAUCAAUGUCGACGUCGACCCCGCCAAGAAGCACGAUCUCUUCCACUACGUGUCUGUCGCGCGGCUGCUGGCCGAGACGGGAGGCAGCAUCGCGCCAGCCGACUUCGAAGACCCUCACAUGCGGGACAUGAUCAAGGCGAGCAUUCCCGUUCACGCCACCCCGUAUGCCACCGAACAGGACGACCCGUGGAAGAGCUGGAAAGUCUCGCCGGCACAGAUUGUCUUGGCACUCAAGGUGCAGGGGGCGCGCGCGAAGAAAGCCUCGCCAGGACCAUCGGUGCCACCAGAGGUGGCCCACAACAACAAAGAGCUUUCGGGCAUGGCUGAAGCAGUGAAGCAAUUUGCGGAACUUCAGUCGCAGGCGCUGCAGAAAGGGAAGCCGAAAGGACUCAGUUUCAAGUUGCAGGACCGGAAACUCGAGCUGGGCAUGCAGCAUUUCGCCAAGGAUGCACUCCCGUCAGAGGAGGUCCUCGCGAAGUUCGAGGCGGCGGGGAAGAUCGCGCACGACAAAGGCAGGCCGUGGGUCGGGUCCGCUGAGGGCGAGGAUCUGCGCGAUCACCACCGCCCAACUUGGAGCCGGACUCCUAUGAUCGACGCUGUCGUGGGGGACGGCUCUUACGAGGAGCGGGUGAAGCAGAGCGCUGCCGCCAAGCGGAACAUGGCGUGGAUGGACAAAGUCGACUACGCUGGCUUUGCCACGUUCAUGGGCCACCUGCACGAGUGGGGAUUCAAGGAAGACGUCGUAGAUUUGGCGCCUUACUUCGCCAAGAUCGAUCGUGAAAACCUAGCUGACGCCAAAGACAAAGUAAACAAAAGCUUCACGGAGGCUGGCCGGGCUGUGACAGCUAAGGGGCAGCAGUCGAAGGGUCAGCCCAAAGGCUGCGCCAAGGGCGUCGCCGACAAGGGCGGCAAGGGGAGCAAGAAGAGCUCCGACGGCGCGGACAACCGGCCUGUCCGGUCGCCGGCCAAGCGCCCCAAGGGCACGGCGGGCACCGAUUAUCAGCACAG